GAGACGCGGAUUGCUGUUGAGCAAUCGGAAAAAUGGCAGCGCACAAGUGCAAUAUUUUUAUGCUGGCGUUCGUUCUUUGUGGAUUAACAUAUGUGUUUGUUAGAGCGGACAUAGAAUACACAAAUCAUGUGAAAGAUGCUGAAAGCGGAGCCGUUGAUAUUGCACCGAAGACGAAUAUAGGCGCGUCACUGCAAUCAACUAAAACCGAGGACCAAACCCAGACCGCGGAAGAGGAGAGGCAAUGGGAGGCCGAAACGAAUCCCGCAGAUGCCCCAAGCGAUAACAAAGCAGACCAUGUCCAUGAUACCAUGCAAAACCUCGACAGUCGUCCAGCACCGUAUGCAAAAGACCAAACCCAAGAGGCAGCGGAAGAGGAGAGGCAAUGGGAGGCUACCGAGGUCAAAGAAGCUGACCAUGGCCCUGACACUAUGCAAACGCCAGACGUCCCUCCACCAACGCCCGCAAAAGAUCAGUUUCAGGAAGAGUUGGUGAUCAGACCAUUGCAUUCUGGGGAUAUCUACGCCAGCUUCCAGUUCCGCACCAUGUGGGAUACAGACUUCUUACGAGGAAGUAAAGUCUCCCACUACCGACUCUUCCCAAAGUCACUGGGCCAGGUGAUUUCAAAGUUCUCUGUGCGUGAGCUCCACAUCUCCUUCACUCAGGGCUACUGGAGGACAAUGCAGUGGGGCCAGCCAUUCCUACCAUCACCCCCUGGUGCUGAACUGUGGGUAUGGUUCCAGGACACUGUCACUGAUGUGGACGGUGCCUGGAAGGAGCUGACCAACGUUCUCUCAGGGAUCUUCUGUGCCUCCCUGAACUUCAUUGACUCCACCAACACGGUGCAGCCCAGUGCCUCCUUCAAACCUCUAGGCUUGGGCAACGUAACAGACCAGCGCUUCCUCCGCUAUGCUGUGUUGCCGCGGGAGAUCGUCUGUACUGAAAACCUGACUCCGUGGAAGAAACUCCUUCCCUGUGGCUCCAAGGCUGGUCUGGCAGUCCUGAUGAAGUCUGAGAAACUCUUCCACAGCAGCUUCCACUCCCAGGCACUACACUUCAGACCUGUGUGUCAGGACUGGAAGUGCAAAUCCACAGUGUGGGAGCUGAGACAGACACUGAACGUGGUGUUCGACCUGCACACCUCUGGCCAGGGCAAACGAGAGUGGUCCCUGUUCAAGAUGUUCUCUCGCACCCUGACUGAAGCCUGCCCGCUGGCCUCCUCCAGUAAAGUGUACGUGGACGUCACAGACAACCCUCAGGGAGAGUUGUUUGAGCUGAGCCCAACCACUCCCCUGCUCAGCCAGGCUGUGGUGCUUGGGGACCGGAGGACCUACUCGGUCUACGACCUCACUAACCAGGCCACGUUCGGACAAACGCGCUCCCUCAACAUGCUGCUGCGCUGGAGAGCAGCCGAGAGUGGAGACAUGCUGCGUCCCCUACUGCAUGGAGAGCGCUACGUGGCCGGCUACGGGCUGCAGACGGGAGAGAUCCACACCCUGAUGUACAACAACCACCCAUACCGGGCCUUCCCCGUACUCCUGCUAGAAACUGUGCCCUGGUACCUGCGACUCUACAUCCACACGCUCACUGUCACCAGCAAGGGCCGUGACAACAAACCCAGCUACAUUCACUACCAGCCGUCCAAGGACCGCCUUCGGCCCCACCUGCUCGAGAUGCUGGUCCAGCUGCCCCCCAACUCUGUGACCGAGGUGACCGUGCAGUUUGAGAGGGCACUCCUCAAGUGGACCGAGUAUACCCCCGACCCCAACCACGGCUUCUACGUCGGGUCUUCUGUUAUCAGCGCUCUCGUGCCCAGUGUCGUUGCCAUGGAUACCAACAGCACUCGGGAAUGCCCACUUUUCAGCAGCUUUUUCCCCUGUAAAGAGGAGUCCAGUUACUUCAUGCGGGUCUACACGGAGCCCUUGCUGGUGAACCUGCCCACCCCUGACUUCAGCAUGCCCUACAACGUCAUCUGCCUCACUUGCACCGUGGUGGCCGUGGGUUACGGUUCCCUCUACAAUCUCCUGACCCGCACCUUCCAGGUGGAGGAGCCCAGUCCGGGCCUGGCCAAACGGCUAGCCAACAUCAUCCGCAGGCUACGGGGUGUGCCACUGCUGUGAUGAGCCAGAAUGCUAACUUCAACAACAACAGCAGAGGUCGGUGGCUACAUCACUUGGGAACUGUGAAUGUAAGUUUCAGGAAGAUAACGCUUUAAGUGCUGGAAGCUUCGACAAAGAAAAUAAAUGACUCUUAAGUUUGUUUCGUGAAGGAUAAAGGAGUUGAUGAACAAUGAAGUCUCUAAUGAAGUGUCAUGGAUUCGAUGGACGUUAAAGGCCUUUUCUUGCCUGUGAGAAGCAAAAAUGGUGUCCUUUCUUCAGUGCACUACUACUGCUGUUGGUCUAGUUAAACAGAGAAUAAUGUAUUUUUCACGUUUAAGGCAGGAACCAAAGUGUUUGCUCCAGGGUUUCAGUGGGGACAGUUGGCUGCAAGAAUCACAGCAAGCUCAUAUUGGUUCCUGGGAAAAGUAAUUGUCUGUUAUAGAUCACUAGGAAGCCAUUGCUCUGGGAUCUGGGGCUGUACGUAUCAAGCGUCUGAGUACGAGUGCUGAUCUAGGAUCAUUGUGUUCUAGAAGACAACUGGUCCUAAAUCAGCACUCCUACUCAGAUGUUUGGUACAUUUCGGCUCCAGAUUCAUCUCUUAAAUCUUUACUGAGAUAAAUAAGAUUUGUAUUUUUAGUUGAUGUUGAAAUGUUAAAUGCACUGACUUACAGAACUUUCAUAAACAUUUGUCUUUUGUUUUGAUA